AUGGCAUCCCCCUCCCACCGGCGCCUCUUAAAAGAAGCCUCCGAACUCGCCUCCCACCCCUCCCCGCACUUCACCGCACACCCCGUCUCCGACUCCAACCUCUACGACUGGCACUUCACCCUCGCCGGCCCGCCACCCCCCUCGCCCUACGCCGGCGGCAUCUACCACGGCCGCAUCGUCCUCCCCCCAACCUACCCGCUGCGCCCGCCCUCCUUCCGCUUCCUCACCCCCUCCGGCCGCUUCGAGGUCAACCGCGAGAUCUGCCUGAGUAUCUCGGGCCACCAUGAGGAGACCUGGCAGCCUGCGUGGGGGAUCCGGACGGCGCUGCUCGCGCUGCGCACUUUCAUGGAUGCGGAUGCGAAGGGGCAGGUUGGUGGGCUGGAUGUCGACGUGAGUGUGAGGAGGCAGUAUGCGGCUGAGAGUCGGGGGUGGGUGUGUGAUGGUUGUGAGGGGGGGAGGUCCAAUGAGGAGGUCUUGAGGGAGUGGAGGGAGGUGUGCCGUGCGAAGGGGGUUGCUGUUGAUGAUGAUGAUGAUGAGGUUCAAGGGGCUACCGCAAACGAGAGCACUGCUUCGGUAGAAGCAGAAGCAAAAUCAGAACCAGAACGAGAACAAGAACGAGAACCGUCGGAUACAAAUGCAAAUACAGAGAUGACGUCUUCGGAGCAGAAAUCGGAAUCGCUGGGCCCGUCGAGGGUUGGUGUGUCGCCGCAGCAGCAAGUACAAGUACCAGCACCGGUACCGGUACUGCCUGCGUCUGCAGAAGCAGCCGCACCUUCACCAGCGCCGACACGCACGACUCCUGUCCAGACUACGACUACUUCUCGACCUACUACCACGUCAGAUGCGCCGUGGCUGGAUCGAGCCAUCCUAGGCGUUCUUGUCGCAUUGGCGUUUAUGAUCGUACGACGGCUCGCAAAGUCGGAGGAGUAUUAG